GUGUGACCAAUCUUGAUUCAUACACUCACAGCAAAGCCUCCAUCUGUCUCAUGGAUUAUAGAUCUAAAUUGAUGGCUUCAGUAACAGAUGCCAGAUACAGACACAAUGAUGCUUCAGACCAAAAUUUCGAUUACAUGUUCAAACUCCUGAUCAUUGGCAACAGCAGUGUGGGCAAAACGUCCUUCCUCUUCAGAUACGUUGAUGACACUUUCACACCAGCUUUUGUUAGCACAGUCGGAAUUGACUUCAAAGUGAAAACUGUUUACAGGAAUGACAAGCGGGUGAAACUGCAGAUCUGGGAUACUGCUGGACAAGAGAGAUACAGGACUAUCACUACAGCCUAUUAUCGAGGCGCUAUGGGGUUCAUCCUGAUGUAUGAUAUCACCAGUGAAGAGUCGUUUAAUGCAGUGCAGGACUGGGCCACUCAGAUCAAGACCUAUUCCUGGGAUAAUGCACAAGUCAUUGUGGUUGGAAACAAGUGUGACAUGGAGGAUGAAAGAAUCAUUCCUCUGGAAAAGGGUAAACAUCUGGCUGAUCAGUUAGGUUUUGAUUAUUUUGAUGCCAGUGCCAAAGAGAACAUCAAUGUGAGACAGGUCUUUGAGCGCCUAGUGGAUAUAAUCUGUGAAAAGAUGUCGGAGAGUAUAGAGUCUGACCCGUCCAGAGGCAGUUCUGGGAAGAACAUGCGACUCACAGACAACCCACCGCCUUUGCAGCAGAAUUGUUCCUGCUAGUGAUUUUAAUCUCUGUGAAAUCUCUCUCUCCCCUUCCCUGAACACACUUUAUCUUUUCACAUGUGAUGAUGUAUUAUCAUAUCGUCUAAAGGCUGGAGUUUCUGUUAUAGUGGAAAUGGACGUGGUUGUUAA